GUAAAAGCACCUGUUGAAUACUUUGCCUGGCUAGAAAAUAUAUUGGUUCCAUGGCUUUUCCCGGAAGAAGAUUACAGUGGUCGGUCUAUUAUAUCUGAAGAUAGACAGUACACUUCUGUGUGGAGUCUCUAUCGACUUGGUGCUCCAAGGCUGAGACAAGUGCGCAUGAAGAAAGGUGACUGCAUGUAUGAUUCAGUUUACACUGGUCAGUGUGUGGACAAAUUCAGCAUAAUUCAUCAAGAGACCACAGAAUUUUGCCUGGGCUGGUCUCCAAUUCCAUGUCCUCCAACUGAUCAGUUUCAUGUCACUGCUGGAGCCUGGUAUUACAGAUUAGAUAUCAGCAUCUUAGAGUUUCCCAUUGCUGGAGAAUAUAACACAUAUGGAGGAAAGGGGUACACUGUCAACCUAGACAUUAAUCUGAUUAUUGUUACAGCAAUAAUUCAAGAAAUGAAAAAAUACUUCUGGGUUGAUCGGCAAACCCGUGCUGUGAUUUUAGAGUUUACUUUGUACUGCCCAAAUGUCGAUCAUUUUGUUCACGUGACACUGCUGGCAGAAUUCCUGGAGACAGGAGGGGUGAUCCCCUAUGUCAGCAUCUACCCGUUUACAGUGUAUGAUCCCCCAGGCUUCUUCGGCACAUAUAUUCUCAUCUGUGAGAUUCUGUACACAUUCUUCACUGUGUUUGGUUUUGUAUAUGUUCUUUACGUAUUCUCCAAAGAAAAGUGGGCAGCCCUAAAAAACUGCUGGUUCAUGGUUGAUUUUGCUGCAGUCAUUGUAGCUACAGCUGCAGCAUCAAUGUUCUACUUGCGCUUGUCCAGUGUUACAAUAGCUUUAUCCAAGAUGGAAGAAGACAGGACACAGUUCAUCAGUUUUCAACAAGUUGUUCUCUGGGACAAAGGAGUGAUUGCUUGUCUUGGCUUUCUUGUGGCUAUUGCUUUCUUCAGAUUGCUGAAACUGGCUGGAUACUCUGAAGUAACUAUGAAGGUACGAAUGAAGAUUUCUGUAUGUGUAGACAUGUGA